UCGAACGUUGAGCGUCAAUUGACUAAGGAGCCAGACAGUUCGCAUCUAUCCAACAGCUAACGGACUAAGUGGACAUUAACUGAGCGCAAUAUGCAGGCGAGUCAUGUGCGCCUAAUCAAAAUACUAUUCGUGAUCAUCGCCAUAAAGCUGUUCAUCGUGCUCGUGCUCUUCGGCUACAACAAUUCCGUUGAGGAUAUUCCGGAACAGUCAAUGGUUUUCAUCGAUGAGCUGCUAGUGGACAAAAGCGACGAGCCCAGCUGGGAGCAGCGACUGGCUCUGAUACGAAAGGAGAUGCCCUCAUUUCCGCUCGAGGAGCUGCACCGUCGACCGCUAGGCGAGCCGAAAUGCGGCAAAGUGCCUGCUGCAUUGGGCAUCGAUUUCAGCAACGACUAUUGGCAAACCUUGAACAAUGCUAACCUCACUUAUCACAUCUUUGGUGCGUACUACGACAACAGAGAGAAGAUGAUCGAGGCGCCGCUGGUCCGCGUGCUAACCAUGAUCAAUCACUAUGGCAAGCGUGACGUUGUAAAGCAUCCGGAAACCUUUUGUCAGCUCUGGUUCAGGAAUCGCAUCGAGCCCGUUGUAGUGAAUGUGACAGACUACAAGAUAAUUUGGAUCUGGGGCGGCGGCUCGACCAUGGUCUAUCCCACGCUCCUCAGCUGCUGCUUGCCGAAAACAAACGACACCAAGGCGCAGGAGGCGCCCGAAAUGGUCUCGUUGGUAACGAAGCGCUGCGACAAGGCCAGGAAUCUGGUGCGCGUUGUUUACGAACCGGACGAGGCGAGUACAGCUGUAACAUAUCCUCCUCAACAGCAAUCCAAGCAAAACAAUAGCACGCAGCUACAGAAGAAACCAUUGCGUUUUAUGGUCUGCGUAAAGGCCAUGGACUUUAUCUAUAAAGACUUGUCUUGGCGGCUAAUUGAAUGGCUGGAACUGAUGCGUCUGCUGGGCGCCGGAAAGGUGGUCUUCUACGAUGCACAGAUGCAUCCAAAUAUGACGCGAGUGCUGAACGACUACAUGGAAACGAGUCCAGGCUUUGUAGAGGAUUCAAAUAGUGAUACCGGAUCAGAGUUGUACAGGGAGCUGGUCAACGACUGUUUGAAAUAG